AUGUCGACAAAGCACAGCCAGAUUGUGAAAAAAGAUGUACCUUUGCCGAAUGCUAAAGAUCAAGACAAGUUAGCUUUCAUCCUAUUGAAUGUUUUCACACCGAAAGAAUGUCAGGAUUGGAUUGAGUUGACUGAACAACGUGGUUAUAGUCCUGCUAAAGUUAAUAUAGGUGGCGGACGCGAAAAAUUAAUGACUGAUUUUCGCGAUAGUGAUCGAUGUAUUAUUGAUGAUGUGAAUAUGGCCAACAUUCUAUUUCAACGUAUCGAAUCAUUUUUGCCGAAAACAUGCAACGAUUAUCAUUUGGUCGAACUCAAUGAACGCCUUCGGUUUCUUCGGUAUGAUCCGGGUCAAAAAUUCGAACCACAUUUUGGGGAACACUUCGGUCAUAACAUUAGUGAAUUUCAUGGUCCAAAGGCUAAUUGUUGGGAUAAUGAUUAUCCAUCAUUUCCUAGGCGAGUGUAUAAUUAUUGA